AUGCCCCCGCGUCGACGCGUCCCCCCUUCCCGGUCGUCGGACCCGGUCGACGUUCCGUCGGACACCGUCGCGCGCCGCACCGCGGCCUCACCCGCGCCGUUACCGAGCGAUGUCACGCCCGAGCGCACCGAGGCACAGAUUGAACUUUUGGGAGAACUCACGCACGAUUUACGCGCCGACGUCGAACUCGCGCUCGAUUCCACCGCGGAAGAACGAAAGAACAUCUCGUCGAGGUGUCAAGAGACCCUGGCGAAGAUCCGACGGGCGCAGUGCGCGGCGUUGAGCGGGUUGGAACAUCUGCGGGACAAGACGGGCGAACGAAACGUCGAGGUGAACCGCGCGCGGACGCGCGCGGGAACGAUAGCGUACGAGACGGCGACGUUGGAGCGGGAGUUGCGUGAUUUUGAACGAGAGGAUGGAGCGAGUGGAAGCGUGAAGGGGGUGGAUUUGAUGGAUCGGGGGGAGUACGAGGCGGACGCGCGCGCGCGCGGGUUGGACACAGAGGCGGCGGAUGAGUACGAUGAGAUGAAGAAGAGGUUGGCGCACGAAUUGAUCGUCAGAAAGGAGUUAGUGGAGCGGCAAAAGGCGCUGACAUUAGAGUUGGCCGAAGUAAAGGCGGCGAUCGAGGAGCGGAAGAAGACGCUGAGCGGGGACCCGGGCGCGAUCAAGGCGAUGAAGAGACACGCGGAGGAGUUGCGAAGGAAGUUUGACUUGCCGUACACGACGACGGAGACGCUGGAUAAGCAAGUGGCCGUUCUUCCUGGGCCACUUUACAUCUUGUACGCGCAGUUAAAGCACGCGCAACAGAUGGGAGAGGAUAUUCGCGUGCAAAUUCUUGGUCGAGAGGCUGACGCCGAGGCGUACGAGGAGGCUAUGGAAAAUCCCACCGCGACGGACGACGGUAAUGUCAGGGACGAGCGCGACGGUCACAAGCGUCAGCGCGGAGGUCGAGGUGGACGAGGCAGGGGAGGUAGGGGGAUGAAGUUGUCGUCGUCCACGUACGCCGAGCAUCCGCUUCGCAUCGAGCUUGACGGUGUCGGUGGGCGAAAGGUAAUCUUCAACUACCUCACCAAGUUGCACAUGGUCAUCGCGCGUGCGAAUCCCGGAAAAGAUGAUGCGCUCAAAGAUUUGUUCCCGGGCGAUGACGGCUCGGCGACACCGAACCACGCGAUUGAGAUCGUCGAGUCGGACUUUACGUUUGACGAAUCGUGCACAGGUUACGGCGGGAAACCGUACAAGUGGGCGCAAGACUUGGCCGGAAUGAGCUUUCUCCCGUCCGUGCCACGUUCGCGCGCCAUGAUUGAGAAAGAAAAUCUCGAUGGAAAAGCGGUCACGUCCAAGGCGCGCGUCAUGGACGUCUUGCGGGCGAUUCGAGAGAGGUUUGAUCAGAAGAAGAGUGAAGACGCGGCGCCGGGUUCGAAGAAGAGGGAACGAAAGGACUAG